AUGGUAUCCCAGCAGCCAACUAGAGAGAAGUCUACUGUGAGCUCCGUGUAUACGGAUAAGACGCAUCGCCCAUUUGCACAUUACUCCCAAGCCAUUAAAGCUGCCGGUCAUGUCUGGCUCUCUGGUCAAAUUCCCGCGGAUGCACAGGGCAAUCUGGUUACCGGGUCUGUGGCGGAGAAAACGCAGGCUAUCAUCAGGAAUACGGAAGCAAUUCUCGAGGAGGCUGGAUCUAGCCUGGACAGAGUUGUCAAGGUCGUGGUGAUUAUCCCUAUUCCUUCUUCGCAGGCUAUUUGUGGCUAA